UCGGAGUUACUUGUCACAAAAAUGAAUGUAUCAUGAUACAUCUAAAUUAAAAAGGACAGCUAGGAGUAAUUGAAGCCAGUUUCCACAAGAAAAGAAGAAGAAAAGAAAGCCAGUCAACAAAACAAAACUAGUGAUUUCCCGCCAUAUAGUACAAAACAAAUGACCAUGGCUAAAUCCAGGUGUUGCGGACAUAGCAUGUCAUCCUGGAACAUGAAAUCCAGGUGUUGCGGACAUAUCAUGAGCGAUGGGUAGCCCGUCGCCGCCCGGCGCCUCGCACGGCCUGUUCGGGUCGAGCGGCGUCGGCGGGUUCGGCUACGGCCUCGCCGUCUCCGUCGGCAUCCUGCUCGUCGUCUCCACCGUCGCCUUCGCUGUCUACCUCUGCUGCGCCCGCGCCUCGUCCACGCCGGUGGCUGACGCCCGCGGGGUUCCGGCGCCGGCGCCGCCCCGCCACGACGUCGAGCUCGGCGGCAUCGACGCGGCGACGCUGGAGGCGUACCCGGCGGUGGUCUACAGGGAGGCGAGGAAGCCGGCGUCAGUGGAGCAGCAGGAGGCGUGCUGCGCCGUGUGCCUGGAGAGGUACGCGGACAGCGACAUGGUCCGGGUGCUGCCGGACUGCGGUCACCUGUUCCGCCGCGGGUGCGUCGACCCCUGGCUCCGGCAGCGGCCCACGUGCCCGGUGUGCCGGACCUCGCCUCUGCCCAGCCCCGUGCCCACGCCUCUCGCCGAGGUGACGCCGCUGGCGCUGGCGAGGUAAGGCCGGCGUGAGGCGAUCGAGCGCAUGGUGUCUGUCCGCGGACAUGGCGUUCUUCAACUCUUCUUGGCUUGCUCUCUGUUUUCUUCCCAUCUCCAUUAGUUUAAUUUAUACUAUACGGCAAGAUGCCACAUGUAAUUAAUUAAUUAAUUAGAAGGUGAUAAGUUUAUAUAGCUAGAUGUUAGUGAAUGUUGUUUUUGCUGAUGUGAAUUCGUGUAUGGGUUA